AAUUUCUGUUGAAGAAAACGAGGUGAAAACGGGCACAACAUCACAUGUCUUUCUUUAUUUGAUAUCUUUAGGUUAGCUUAAAGGAAACAACCUCUAUGGAGGAAAAGAAAGAAAAGAAAGAAAGAAAAAGGCCAUGACAGUUGACUUGGUCAAGAGUUUUAGUCGUGGAAACAACCUUUUACUGAAAAAACAGCGGUCACAAGGAACCUUCAAUUUGAUUUUUCUGCUUUACUUGGACUAUUUCUUCCUGGCAUUUAAGCAUGGUUCAUGUGACUUGGAAUUCCAAACUGCAAUGUGUCUCUGCAGUCAAGUAAUGCUGCUUCAAGAAAUCAACUAUAUGAACAUUUUGUAAUAACUUCCAACAGCAAAAGAGUAAGAAACAUGCUUUGUAAAUUAUUGCAAUCUCUUGUCAGCUGCAAGUUAGGUGGAUGUUUAUUGGUUUCUUUCUUCAACAUUUUCUCCCUGUCAAUGUUAGUUUUCUUCUAAUCAGAUUAUAUAAAAGAAGUUGUUCAAGCCAAUUCAACAGGUGCGACCGUGACCAAGGGAAUAAACAUAUUCUUGCCCAACCAUUCUGCUUUCUUAAGUCAGGCACACGUCAUUUUCAAAGAAUCACUUACUCCAGAAUAACGAAACCUCUCAAUUUUAAUUCAAAAUCUUUCUUUUGAUCAGUCAGCACAAAAGAAGUAUUCAUUUUCCAAUGGCGGUCAGAAUUUCUAAUGCAAGGAAACUUCCUCGUUAACCAUCAAAUAAUAGAUGUGCAGUUCAAGAUUGUACUAUAAAAACAGAAACUGCAAAGCCCUUUUUUUAAGCUAAUAAGGUUGAGAGUGGAGAAAAUACCAAUAGAACAUGGAAUUAGAUCAAGAGCUUGAAGCUAAUGAGUUGUUUCAAGCUCAGUGUCACAUAUAUAAACACAUGUACCACUAUAUGGAAUCCAUGUCACUGAAAUGUGUUGUUCAUUUAGGAAUUCCUGACAUAAUCCACAAAUAUAAGCGACCUGUUACCCUUCCAGAGUUAGUUUCAGCACUGCAAAUUCCACCAACAAAAGAAAAUUGUCUGCAGCGUGUUAUGCGCAUACUAGUCCACUCUGGCUUCUUUGCUGCGAAAAAAAUCCAUGAUAAUCAAGAAGAAGGUUAUGUUCUCACACCUUCUUCCAGUCUCUUGCUCAAAGAAAGCCCUACCAGCUUAUCAACAUUUGUUGUAGCAAUGGUAGAUCCUGCACUGAUAACUCCAUGGUUUUCCCUUGCUGAGAAUUUCAAAGGGAAUGAACUCACACCGUUUGAAACUUGUCAUGGAAAUAAUUUUUGGGAUUAUGGGAAGAAAAAUCCUGAAUUUAUCAGUUCCUUGAACGAGGCCAUGGCAUGUGAUUCUCGAUUAGUGAGCUUGAUUGUUAAGGAACAUAAAGAAAUGUUCAAGGGAGUUGCUUCUUUGGUUGAUGUAGGCGGUGGGACAGGAACUCUAGCGAGGUCAAUUGCUGAUGCAUAUCCUGAUAUGAAGUGCACAGUCUUGGAUCUCCCACAAGUUGUUGCAAACUUACCAGAGAGUAAAAACUUGAAAUUUGUUGCGGGUGACAUGUUUCGAUCUGUUCCUUCUGCACAGGCAGUUAUGAUAAAGUCUGUUCUGCAUAACUGGAGUGAUCAAGCCUGCAUAAAGAUUUUGAAGCUGUGCAGGGAAUCUAUUCCAAAUAAAGAUGAGGGAGGAAAAGUGAUAAUUAUAGAAAUGGUGAUUAAUGAAAAGAAAGAUGAAUAUCAACUGGCAGAAACAAAGCUAUUUGCUGACAUGCAAAUGAUGCUUUUAUGUCCCGGAGGAAGAGAGAGAAACGAGCAAGAAUGGGCAAGACUGUUCUUGGAGGCUGGAUUUAAUCACUACAAAAUAACUAAUACCUGUGGAUUAAAUUCUAUAAUUGAGGCUUAUCCAUAGAUGAAUUGCAUUCCAGUCUAAAGCAAUUGCAGAUUGUUAAAAGGGCUAUUCAUGUAAUUUUCUUGUUUUUUUUUUCCGGUUUCAAUGUGAUUGCUGAGAAAAUCACAUUCAUCUUGUUCCUAAUGUCAUUAAGCAACUUACUAUGGUUGUCUGAUUUUACUCUCACUAUCAUCGCAUCAGCUUCUUUCUCCUUUACUCAGAAAUGUAAAUGUUAUUAUAUAAGACGACAUUGCGUUUACGUCAUG